AUUCCACACAAUAGGACCAGAAUCACCCUCAACGCAGAACCAUUAUCAUGGCUUUCCCCAACGUCGACUUCAAUCUUCGGUGGCAGGAUCAAAACGUGGUCAAAAAAGACGGCCAGUGGACGGUUGACGGACGACCUACUGUGAGUGUUGCAGUAUCUCAUGUACACCAGCCACCCAACUUGCCCAAUAACACGUGGCUGGGGCUGCUUGUGACAGCUCCUCCAAAUGCCGCUACACCCCCUCACACUCAUGCUGGAGCCUCCAUCGUUGCAACAGUGAUACGAGGUCAUGUUCUCAACCAAAUGGUGCAUACCCAAGUUGAUCAGGCAACGGGUGAGACACACACGCAUGAUAGCGGUGCCAAGGUGUACGGGCCAGGUGAGAGCUGGUAUGAGGCUCCAGGCUGCCACCACGUUCGUUCUGAGAAUGUCGGUAACGAUGAGGCUCUCUUCAUCGCGAACCUGGUCGUUAGUACAGAUGUUUUCAAAGGGUUAGACGUGAAAGCUCGGAGCGAGGAAGAGGACUUUGCAAAGAUUGGCCGUGUCUUUAUCAUUGACAAGGAUGUCGAUAAGUAGAACUUUAUAACGACUAGAGCCAAGAGCUGGAAAGUUUAAAAAGGAUAUGAAUUAUCCUCUCAAUUAUUACAAGGCUCUCACUAGCUUAGUUCAGGGAUAUCUGCCCAAGUACAAUGCAUCAAUGAAGUGGGCAUCAUUCACUGCUAAAUGA